AUGUUACUUUGUAGGAGCAUAGACGAAGUCGACUUCUUCAAGGCUUUAGGAAGGGCAAGGUGCCACGUGGGGCACACAGCCCCGUUGCCUAGUAUUUGGCCUGCCCCGCCAUCUCGGGACCCAAGGCAGGCCUGCCCCACCAUCCCGGGAUCCGUGGCGGGCCAGCCCCGCCGUCCAGGACCCGUGGCGGGCCUGCCCCGCAGUCCAGGACUUGUGGCAGUCCUGGCCUGCCAUCCCGGGACCCGUGGCGGGCCAGCUCCACCGUCCUGGGACUCGCGGCAGGCCUGCCCGCUGUCCUGGGACCUGUGGCGGGCUUCCCCAAACCUCCCACACCCGUGGUGGGCCUGCCCUGCCCUCCCGGGACCCGUGGCAGGCCUGCCCCACCCUUCCCGGGGUCCAUGGCAGGCCUGCCCCGCCGUCCCGGGACCUGUGGCAGUCCUGCCCCGCCAUCCCGGGCCCCAUGGUGGGCCUGCGGCCCCCCCCAUCCGGGGAUCUGUGGAGGACCUGCCCCGCCGUCCAGGACCCGUUGUGUGUCUGCCCCACCGUCACGGGGUCCAUGUCAGACCUUCCCCACUGUCCCGGGACCCAUGGCGGUCCUGCCCGCCAUCCCGGGACCUGUGGCAGGUCUGCCCUGCCCUCCCACACCCAUGGUGUGCCUGCCCUGCCUACUUGGGACCUGUGGCGGGCCUGCCCCAGCCACUCGGGACCCAUGGCGGGCCUACCUCACCCUCCCAGAACCCGUGGCAGGCCUGCCCCACCAUUCCGGGACCUGUGGCAGUCCUGGGACCCAUGGUGGGCCUGCCCACCAUCCUGGGACCUGUGGCGUGCCAGCCACCCUGUCCUAGGACCCGUGGUGGGCCUGUCCCGCCCUCCCACACCCAUGGCGGGCCUGCCCCGCCUACUCAGGACCUGUGGUGGGCCUGCCACGCCCACUUGGGACCCGUGGCAGGCCUACCCCGCCCUCCCGAGACCCGUGGCGGGCCUGCCCCACUGUCCCAGGACUCAUAG